AUGUUACAGAACUGCCAGACACAGUUCAUGAUCGCGCAGGAUAAGCGUCUGAGGUUAACCUCAGAGAUUCUGAACAGUAUGAAAGUCAUUAAGCUGCAGUCAUGGGAAGAGGAGUUCAAAAAACAGAUAGAGUCUUGUCGUGAUGAUGAAUUCAAAUGGUUGGCUAAGGCUCAGCUGACAAAGGCCUUUGGUACUUUCUUGUAUUGGAUGUCUCCAACAAUUGUUUCUUCUGUUAUCUUUAGCCUGUUAGAAUUAUACCUGAGGCGAAUUUCUGCUGUAAUCCAAGUCAGUGUCUCUUUCGAUAGGAUAAACAACUUUCUCCUUGACGACGAGCUCAAGAUUGAUGAGACUGAAAGAAGUGGUCUGGAGAAAUCUGGAACAGCAGUUGACAUACAAGCUGGUAAAGGUCUCUGGGUCCAUCGCUUAUGUUUCUCAGACUCUUGGAUCCAAAGUGGUACCAUCAGAGACAAUAUCCUCUAUGGAAAGCCCAUGGAUACUAGACGAUACAAUGCUGCUAUUAAAACAUGUGCGUUGGAUAAGGACAUAGAUGGGUUUGGACAUGGUGAUCUCACAGAAAUAGGACAGAGAGGGCUUAACUUGAGUGGAGGACAAAAGCAAAGGAUUCAGCUGGCCCGUGCUGUCUAUGCAGACGCUGAUGUUUACCUUCUUGAUGAUCCUUUUAGUGCCGUGGAUGCUCAUACAGCUGGAUUUCUUUUUCAUAAAUGUGUUGAGGACUCGCUGAGGGAGAAAACUGUCAUUCUGGUCACUCACCAAGUCGAGUUUCUCUCUGAAGUCGAUCAAAUUCUGGUUAUGGAAGAAGGAAGAAUCACUCAAUCAGGAAAGUAUGAGGAGCUCUUAACGAUGGGGACUGCAUUCAAACAGCUGGUGAAUGCUCAUAAUGAUGCAGUGACUGUAUUACCUUUAGCUAGUAAUGAAAGUCUAGGAGACCUUAGGAAAGGAGGUAGAGACAGAGAGACAGGAAACAUCGAGGUUGUCGAAAAAAUCGAAGAAUAUAUUGAAACAGCGGAUAUUCCAGGGGUCCAACUUACGCAAGAAGAAGAAACAGAGACGGGUUAUGUUGGGUUGAAACCUUUCUUGGACUAUUUCCGUGUCUCCCAAGGAUGGUUUCUUCUAUGGUCAAGCGUAUUGGGUCAGGUUGGCUUUGUAGUUUUUCAGGCUGCAUCAACUUACUGGCUGGCUUAUGGCAUUGGGAUCCCUAAACUCACUGCAACAAUGCUUAUUGGAGUCUAUAGCAUUAUCUCAACUCUUAGUGCUGGUUUUGUAUACACGAGAGCUGUUACAACUGCCCAUCUUGGACUAAAAGCUUCGAAAGCUUUCUUCUCUGGCAUCUCUGAUUUGAACGUCUUGGACUUUGACAUUCCGUUUGCAUUCAUAUUUGUGGUAGCACCUGCUGUUGAGCUCACUGCAGCUCUAUUCGUCAUGACAUAUGUACUUGGCAAUUGGCUUAUGCAGCCUAGGAGUUACUACUUGUUAACAUAUGCCUUCUUCUUUGAAAAGGAUUACUAUUUAGCCUCUGCAAGAGAGCUGAUUAGGAUCAACGGAACAACCAAAGCUCCAGUGAUGAAUUAUGCUGCAGAAACCUCACUUGGAGUGGUGACAAUACGAGCCUUUGGAACAGUAGACAGAUUAUUUAAGAACUACCUAAACCUAGUCGACGCAGAUGCUGUGCUAUUCUUUCUGUCUAAUGCAGCCAUGGAGUGGGUGAUUCUGAGGGUAGAGACUCUGCAGAAUGUGACUUUAUUCACUUGUGCGCUUCUACUUAUCCUUAUUCCCAAGGGCUACAUAGCUCCAGGCUUAGUUGGGCUUUCGCUAUCUUAUGCAUUAACACUGACACAGACUCAAGUGUUUUUGACACGAUGGUAUUGCACCUUAUCGAACUCUAUCAUUUCGGUGGAGAGGAUAAAACAGUAUAUGAGCAUACCAGCAGAACCUGCUGCAGUUGUGGAUGAUUGUAGACCACCUUCCUCAUGGCCUUCCGAGGGUAAAAUUCACUUGCAGGAGCUUAAGAUAAGAUAUCGCCCCAAUGCUCCGUUGGUUCUCAAAGGAAUCUCUUGCACAUUCAGGGAAGGGACAAGAGUUGGAGUUGUUGGCAGGACCGGAAGUGGGAAAAGCACUUUAAUCAGUGCUUUGUUUCGCUUGGUGGAGCCAGCAAGUGGUUGCAUAUUGAUUGAUGGCAUUGACAUAAGUAAGAUUGGCCUAAAAGACCUUAGAAUGAAACUCAGCAUCAUUCCUCAAGAACCAACUCUUUUCCGUGGCUGCAUAAGGACCAACCUUGAUCCUUUAGGUGUUUACUCUGACGAUGAGAUAUGGAAGGCUCUCGAGAAGUGCCAGCUAAAGACGACGAUUAGCAACCUGCCUAAUAAACUUGAUUCUUCAGUGAGUGAUGAAGGAGAGAACUGGAGCGUGGGACAGAGACAGCUGUUCUGUCUCGGAAGAGUACUGCUGAAGAGAAACAAGAUAUUGGUGUUGGAUGAAGCUACAGCCUCCAUUGACUCAGCCACUGACGCAAUCAUUCAGAGAAUCAUAAGAGAAGAGUUUGCAGACUGCACGGUGAUUACAGUAGCUCACAGAGUACCAACGGUGAUAGACAGUGACAUGGUCAUGGUUCUCUCCUUUGGUGAUCUUGUGGAGUAUGACGAGCCUUCAAAGCUGAUGGAGACUGAUUCUUACUUCUCUAAGCUCGGAUCUGCUAAGAGUGCCGAGAAAUUAAACGGGCGGCUCGAGGAGGUGUGCAGUGGAGGAGACGGCUACACAAACGAAGAAGGGAGUCUUCCAUGGUGUAACGUUGAGCUGAACUUGGCCUCUCAUUGCUUCCAAAGAACCGCCAUAGAUCUUAUAAACCUAUUCUUCCUCUGCGUCUACUACUUGCUCUUGAUAGCUGGCUGCGUUGUUUCCAAACGGUUUACUGUCAGGAGCCGCAAGAAAAGCUGGAUCUUUGUGGCUGCUGCUAUAUGUUGUGCUGUUACUAGCAUCUCUCUUCUUGGUGUUGGACUGAGAAAUCUGAUUUUUGGUGCUCAUGACGUCGAUGAAAGCUCCAGGGCUGCUUGCUUCGUUGAAGGGAUCAUUUGGCUCUCACUUGCGGCUUCAUUGCUUGUUGAUGGCUCAAAGUGGAUUGAGAUUCUUGCAUCUGUUUGGUGGAUCUCUUUUUCUUUGCUGGAUUCUGCAGCAAAACUUGAGACACUUUUACAGGGAAAAGGCAUCAGAGUCUUUGACAUCAUCACUUGGCUGAUGAGCCUUUUGCUUCUCCUUUGCUCCUGUAUCAAUCUCAGAGCUUCUCCUGCUCAAGAUUGCAGUGAAACAGGCCUUUCUACUCCUCUAUUAACCGGAGAACCUCGAAAAAACUCAGCGAGGUUAGCAACAGCUGGGUUUUUCAGCAUCCUGACAUUCUCAUGGAUGAAUCCUUUAUUCUCGUUGGGUUUCAAGAAACCAUUAUGCUCAGAAGAUAUCCCAAGUGUGGUCCCGGAGGAUGAGGCUGAGUUAGCUUACAGUAAAUUCUCUCAAGCAUGGGAUACUCUUCUCACAGAGGGAUGCUCAACGAAGAAAACAAACUUGGUGUUUAGAGCCGUUGCGAAAGUUUACUUCAAGGAAAACAUAUUCAUAGCAAUAUGUGCCUUUCUCAGAACCGUUGCUGUUGUGUCUCUUCCACUAAUGCUAUAUGUCUUUGUGGACUAUGCAAACAGUGACGAGAGGGAUCUCCGCGUUGGCUUCUUCAACUUAGCUUGUCUGGUUAUGCUGAAGCUAGUUGAGUCCUUGUCGAUGAGGCAUUGGUAUUUUGCAGCAAGAAGAUCAGGGAUGAGGAUUAGAUCAGCGCUAAUGGUCGCUGCCUACAAAAAGCAGUUAAAGUUAUCAAGCUUGGGGAGGAAAAGGCAUUCAUCUGGAGAGAUUGUGAACUACAUUGCGGUGGAUGCAUAUCGAAUGGGAGAAUUCUUGUGGUGGUUCCACUCGGGAUGGAGCUUUAUUCUGCAGCUUUUGCUAUCUACAGCUGUGCUUUUCGGUGUAGUUGGAGUAGGAGCUUUACCUGGUUUAGUUCUUCUUCUACUGUGUGGUCUCCUAAAUCUACCAUUUGCAAAGUUUUUACAGAACUGCCAGACACAGUUCAUGAUCGCGCAGGAUAAGCGUCUGAGGUCAACAUCAGAGAUUCUGAACAGUAUGAAAGUCAUUAAGCUGCAGUCAUGGGAAGAGGAGUUCAAGAAGCAGAUAGAGUCUUGUCGUGAUGAUGAAUUCAAAUGGUUGGCUAAGGCUCAGCUGGCAAAGGCAUUUGGUACUUUUUUGUAUUGGGUGUCUCCUACGUUAGUUUCUUCUGUUAUCUUUAUUGGAUGUGCUUUGUUGAAGAGCGCGCCGCUGAAUGCAAGCACCAUCUUCACGGUUUUAGCUACAUUAAGAGUGAUGUCAGAGCCUGUUAGAGUUAUACCUGAGGCGAUAUCUUCUGUAAUCCAAGUCAGUGUCUCUUUCGAUAGGAUAAACAACUUUCUCCUUGACGACGAGCUCAAGAUUGAUGAGAUUGAAAGAAGUGGUCUGGAGAAGUCUGAGACAGCUGUUGACAUACAAGCAGGUAACUUCAGUUGGGAUCCAGAAACUAAGAUCCAGACUCUAAAGAAUAUAAAUUUGGAUAUCAAGAAUGGGCAGAAAGUUGCGGUUUGUGGACCAGUUGGGGCAGGAAAGUCAUCGUUGUUGCAUGCAGUACUCGGAGAAAUACCUAAAGUUUCCGGAACUGUAAAAGUCUCUGGAUCCAUCGCUUAUGUUUCUCAGACCUCUUGGAUCCAAAGUGGUACCAUCAGAGACAAUAUACUCUAUGGAAAGCCCAUGGAUAAUAGACGAUACAAUGCUGCUAUUGAAGCAUGUGCGUUGGAUAAGGACAUAAAUGGGUUUGGACAUGGUGAUCUCACAGAAAUAGGACAGAGAGGGCUAAACUUGAGUGGAGGACAAAAGCAAAGGAUUCAGCUGGCCCGUGCUGUCUAUGCAGACGCUGAUGUUUACCUUCUUGAUGAUCCUUUUAGUGCCGUGGAUGCUCAUACAGCUGGAUUUCUUUUUCAUAAAUGUGUAGAGGACUCGCUGAGGGAGAAAACUGUCAUUCUGGUCACUCACCAAGUCGAGUUUCUCUCUGAAGUCGAUCAAAUUCUGGUUAUGGAAGAAGGAAGAAUCACUCAAUCAGGAAAGUAUGAGGAGCUCUUAAUGAUGGGGACUGCAUUCAAACAGCUUGUGAAUGCUCAUAAUGAUUCAGUGACUAUAUUACCUUUAGCUAGUAAUGCAAGUUUCGGAGAUCUUAGGAAAGGAGGUAGAGACAGAGAGAUAAGUAACAUUGAGGUUGUCGAAAAAGUCGUAGAAGAGAUCGCAACAACGGAUAUUCCAGGGGCACAACUAACACAGGAAGAAGAAAAAGAGUCAGGUUAUGUUGGGUUGAAGCCUUUCUUGGACUAUUUCCGUGUCUCCCAAGGAUGGUUUCUUCUAUGGUCAAGCGUAUUGGGUCAGGUUGGCUUUGUAGUUUUUCAGGCUGCAUCAACUUCCUGGCUGGCUUAUGGAAUUGGGAUCCCCAACCUCACUGCCACAAUGCUUAUAGGAGUCUAUAGCAUUAUCUCAACUCUUAGUGCUGGUUUUGUAUACGCGAGAGCUGUUACAACUGCCCAUCUUGGACUAAAAGCUUCGAAAGCUUUCUUCUCUGGUUUCACAAAUGCAGUCUUCAAAGCCCCGAUGCUUUUCUUUGAUUCUACUCCCGUUGGACGCAUUCUCACCCGAGCAUCAUCUGAUUUGAACGUCUUGGACUUUGACAUUCCAUUUGCAUUCAGUUUUGUGGUAGCAGGAGCUGUUGAGCUCACUACAGCUCUAUUCGUCAUGACAUAUGUGACAUGGCAAGUAAUCAUCAUAGCUCUUCUUGCUUUUGCAGCCACGAAAGUUGUUCAGGAUUACUAUUUAGCCUCUGCAAGGGAGCUGAUUAGGAUCAACGGAACAACCAAAGCUCCAGUGAUGAACUAUGCUGCAGAAACCUCACUUGGAGUGGUGACAAUACGAGCCUUUGGAACCGUAGACAGAUUCUUUAAAAACUACCUAAAUCUAGUCGACGCAGAUGCCGUGCUAUUCUUUCUGUCUAAUGCAGCCAUGGAGUGGGUGAUUCUGAGGAUAGAGACUCUGCAGAAUGUGACUUUAUUCACUUGUGCACUUCUGCUUAUCCUUAUUCCCAAGGGAUACAUAUCUCCAGGCCUAGUUGGGCUUUCACUCUCCUAUGCAUUAACACUGACACAGACUCAGGUGUUUAUGACACGAUGGUAUUGCACCUUAUCGAACUCUAUCAUUUCGGUGGAGAGGAUAAAACAGUAUAUGAGCAUACCAGCAGAACCUGCUGCAGUUGUAGAUGAUAGUAGACCACCUUCCUCAUGGCCUUCUAAUGGUACAAUUCACUUGCGGGAACUUAAGAUAAGAUAUCGCCCCAAUGCUCCGUUGGUUCUCAAAGGAAUCUCUUGCACAUUCAGGGAAGGGACAAGAGUUGGAGUUGUUGGUAGGACCGGAAGUGGGAAAAGCACGUUAAUCAGUGCUCUUUUUCGCUUGGUGGAACCAGCAAGUGGUUCCAUAUUGAUUGAUGGCAUUGACAUAAGUAAGAUUGGCCUAAAGGAUUUAAGAAUGAAACUCAGCAUCAUUCCUCAAGAACCAACUCUUUUCCGUGGCUGUAUAAGAACCAACCUUGAUCCUUUAGGUGUUUACUCCGACGAUGAUAUAUGGAAGGCUCUCGAGAAAUGCCAGCUCAAGGCCACCAUUAGCAAUCUGCCUAAUAAACUUGAUUCUUCAGUGAGUGAUGAAGGAGAGAACUGGAGCGUGGGACAGAGACAGCUGUUCUGUCUCGGAAGAGUACUGCUGAAGAGAAACAAGAUAUUGGUGUUGGAUGAAGCUACAGCCUCCAUUGACUCAGCCACUGAUGCAAUCAUUCAGAGAAUCAUAAGAGAAGAGUUUGCAGACUGCACUGUGAUAACAGUUGCACAUAGAGUCCCAACGGUGAUAGACAGUGAAAUGGUCAUGGUUCUCUCGUAUGGUGAUCUUGUGGAGUACAACGAGCCUUGGAAGCUGAUGGAGACUGAUUCUUACUUCUCCAAGCUCGUUGCCGAGUAUUGGGCAAGUUGCAGAGGAAAAUCUUCUGAGAAUCUUCUUCAAGACCACAGCUACUAA